ACAUUUAGGACAUUUAAGGGUAUUUUAGACCGGACUGUGAACUUUCCCCCACGCAACUAUCACAUGUAAAGUUUGGUUAAGCAAUUACACUGUAACAAAUGUACAUAAUAGUACACUACUAGACCACGAGAGCAUCAACCGUCUUUCACGUUCCUGUCUUUCAACCGUGCUUCAAUUUUUUUCCCAAGCCGCUUCCGCCUCUCAUAGCCUCUUAUAUAUACACCGUCUAAAAGACCUUAGCUAACCCGAAGCGUAGCCAAUCAUUUCCAUCCUUUGGGAGUCAUUCAUUCAUUCUCUCUCCUAAUCAGAUUCGGACAUCAUCGUUUUUCUUCCUUUUGGGUCUUUUGCACUUGUAUUUAUGUUGCAUUGCCCUUUAUAAUAAUAUCGUCAGAUUUUCUCUUGUUUUCUUUCCAUUUGCUGCCUCGCUCAUUUGCCCCUAUUUCUAUUGUCGACCGAUUAUACCCUACUAUUUACUUAAAUUAAAAUAUGUAAUAAUAUCCACAUUCCCUUAUAAGGUAGAUGAAGCCUGUUCAAUCCGAGAACUCUCUCUACCGUCGUUGUCGUCGUUGCCGACAUCGUCGUCACCGACAUGUCAGCAGCUACGGAAACGGAUCAAAAGGAUGCCCCGAGCAGAUAUGUCGAGGACAUCAUACGGCGCCAGGAGGCAUUCGUCUCACCCGCUCCUGUCACCGGUAGCACACUUCUACCCCGUCCUCUAGCGAGUGCCGUCAGUUUCGCCGCACGAUCUACCUCUUUCGCCAUCCGCGUCGGUACCUUUCUUGGCAGCUAUGGCUUGGGAGCUGCAAAGUUUACGACACUUUCUAGUUUGGAGCUGGGUCGUGGCAUCCUCGAAGGGAUACUGAGUAGGGCAGGAAGAGAUGUUAUGUCAAGGGCCCAGUCGGAGUUAGGCAGAAACGAUGCUGAAUCUAUCUUGGAGAGGAGCUUGGAAAGUCUACACCAGACAAUGUCUCAAGUCGUCUUUUGGACUGCUACCAGCUUCCACGUCACCGGAACUACAGUAUCAACCGUCUCUGAGAUAUCCCAGCUCUUCCUAUCUAUCCUCGACCAAUUCUUCGGCUCCACCGACUCAUCUCGAGCGAUUGCCAGCAUCAUUACCUUGAUUCGUCGAGAAUUCCAAAACCCUGCUACUGGCGUACAAGGGGAAAAGGUCGGAGUCAUCGACCUUUUGCUUGGACUAUGUGGUCUUGCGUAUCUACAAAACUGGUGCAGAAAACUGACACAGGACGAGUCUCGACGUCUUUCUCACGAAGAAGCUAUUUGGGAUGUUGUGGUUCUUGACGAUGGUGACCGUGUAGAUGUUGAAGAUGAUGAUUCACAUGCGGCCGAUUUGGAAAGACGAAGCCGGGAAGCGGGAUUCAGCAGUCAUGAUCAGUUCCUCAAGGCACUUGAGCAGCAUGGUGCUAAAUGGAGUGAUAGUGACGAGGAUGACUCGCCCGAAACUCACCUCAAACGACAAAUUCUAAAGACCCUCCCCAAAGAAGCUCAAGUAUCAAUUACAACAUCAAAAACCACGACCAAGAUAAUCACUGUUGACAUAAAGGGUACGCCGCUAGUACCGGUGUUACAUCUCCCUGGGGUCGAUGUUAUCAAGAGCGAAAUUUGCAAUGCUGAAGAUUCCGGGGGAGCUGAGGAUACCGUCCCGAAUUAUAGAGUGGUCUAUAAGAUUAGUCGCAAUCAAGUAAAAAGCACUUCCAAUGAUAGCGAUGUCGAGGAGGAUAUGCAGUCCCGUGUCGAAGCCGUCGAGGACGAGGAACCACCUCCGUCGCCAACUGCCUCGGAUAUUCAGCAGCGACUUGAUCAGCCUCCACCAGUUCCACCAAAAGUUACACGCCCGACUGUUGCCUCCAAAUCAAAAGGACGACCGGGCCUGACAAUUGAUCCUGGACGUCGAAAUCUAACAAUUAAUCCCCCUCCAGUUAAUCAGAAGAGAUGCGGGUCCAGUAAUUCAUCAAGAUGUAGCUUGCAUUCCCAUUCCCAUUCCCCCAAGGAACGUCCAAUUCCCUCCCCUAAGUUGAGUCCUAAGUUGAGUCCUAAGCUGAGUCCUAAGCUGAGCCCUACGCUGAACCAUAAGCUGAGUUCCGAACACGUUGCAAAUCAAAAACGUACGAGGAAACCGUUGGAGGAACCACGGCGAAGGUCUCGAGAUUCACCUGUGCCUGGCACCGUUUCUGGUACCGUUUCUCCUCCAGGUACCAGGCCUCCAGCGAAGAAGCCUGGGCUAGCCGCUGCUCCUAAAAUCAAUGAAAAGAGAAGUGGUAUUCGAGGGGUUUUGAAGAGAGGCUCUGACUUAUUAAACCGAGAUUCAAGUUCUGAGAAUCUUCCGCCAAGCAAGUCAAAACCACUCGCGAAACCCGCCUGGGGUAGCAAUAAGCCCCUACAGAGUAAGUUGCCAGCUACACAGACGCAGAGGAAGCCGGGCACUUCGGAAAGGACUUCAAGUCGUAUGUCACAGCGCGAACCCCCUCGAACAGGAAAUCGCACGAGCAUGAGCAACUUCUCAACGGACGAUACUAUAGGCAAUUCGAGUCCAUUGGGAUCUCCAACUCAAGCCUCAUUUCUGCCCUUACAAGCCCGGCGGCGCAACUCGCUUGUAUCCUUGACCGACACUUUUUCACUGCACUCCUUCGAAAGUCGGCCAUCGUCUCCGGCGUUCCAGAGAAGUGAAAUUAGGCCACAGAGUGGCUUGUUGCAACCAGGAUAUCGACGUGAAUAUGCCACACAACCCAUACAACCCACACAGCACACACACCAUCCCUCUUCACCACCGCGCAAUAACAAGAGUGCUCGACCUGAGAACCGAAGCCUAUACACUCCAAGCAUCUACACUCUAAAAACCAAAGACUCUCAAAUGUCAUUAGCUCUAUCUUCAUUUCACCAGAGAAGUGCAUACAGCGAUUCGGAAGCCGUCGACACACUAAGGCACACUGGUAUGGUUGACGGAAUGUUUCCCGAAUUCCACCUUCUCCGAAACAUCACCAGGUAUAGCCGCUACGCAUCUGCUGCGUACGGCUCGAAGUUUUUGAAGUUCAUGGGCAUCACGAAAGAAUUACCUGUUCUAAAAGCACUUGAUGAGACCCAUAGGGAUGUGCGUUCAUUUGCACAUCACACCGAGCUUCCCCCGGAUAGUAUCCUUUUAUCUUCAUUCGUUGACCCUCAAGGUGGCUCCGAUUCUACCGGCUCCACUGAUACGGGUAUACCUCUUGUUCAUACCAUAGCACUUGAUGAGGAAUCUAAAGCUGUCGUACUUUCUUGUCGGGGUACAUUAGGGUUUGAGGAUGUUUUGGCCGACAUGAUGUGUGAGUACGACGACCUUGUAUGGAGAGGAGAAUCAUAUAAAGUACAUAAGGGCAUUCAUGCCUCUGCUCGGCGACUACUUUACGGAGGUGAUGGAAGAGUGUUAGCGACUCUCAAGGAAGCGCUCGAGGAGUUUCCUGAUUACGGUUUGGUGCUUUGCGGACACUCUCUUGGCGGAGCUGUAACUGCUUUGCUUGGAGUCAGUCUCGCGGAGCCUGCUUCGACCGGAACGGCCUUUGUCACGGCAGCUGAACCACAUCAGAGGAUGAUAGCUAAUGGACAAUCUCGAAACCAAACCCGUUCCCACAUUUAUCUACCACCAGGCAGGCCAAUUCAUGUCUAUGCAUACGGUCCGCCUGCUACGAUGUCUCCAUCUUUACAGAAAGCGACAAGAGGACUAAUAACCAGUACGGUUCACGGUAAUGACCUUGUACCGUAUCUGUCCCUGGGCGUCUUGCACGAUUUUCAAGCCGUCGCGCUUGCCUUUAAGACCGACAAUAGCGAUGCCAAGGCAGAAGUACGUCGACGAAUAUGGGAGGGACUACAGACUGGGUUGGUUGAAAAGUGGUACAACAACGGACCAACACAGACAAGUGAUGAAGAGGUAAAAUGGGCGUAUGCCGCACUAAAGACCCUGCGUGCAAGUAUGAUGAGUCCUAAGCUACUUCCACCAGGCGAGGUAUUCACCAUAGAGAGCACACCAGCGCUGAGGCGAGAUGCUUUCUUACAAGCCGGAACGGGCCAGGUCGGAAGGCCCGCAACUCGAAUUGUGUUCAAGUACAUCAGGGAUGUCGAAGCUCGGUUUAGAGAGGUGCGGUUUGGGGCCAGUAUGUUGUUGGACCAUAGUCCUGGGAGGUAUGAAGACGCGCUUCGGCGACUUACACUGGGUAUUGUGGACACAUGACAUUGCGCUCAAUAUGCUUGUCCUCGUAUUCCCUCUUCAGCCUGCUCUACUUUCUUUCCGCCACAGGGCUCUUUUACAUAGCAACUCAAUCAAUCCUACGUCAAAGGGCAAAGGGUGCCUUUACAUGUUUCCCAAAAAAAAAAAAAAAGAAUCCAUAAAAAUCCACAUGUAUAAACAAAAGUCCAUAAAGAUGAAAAUUUUAGAUAUUAUAAUUCCAUAAAAGCUACCUAUCUACCUACCUAACAAGGUAGGUACCUAGGUAGCCUCAUCAAAAGUAACGACGCCGGCCGUCCUAGUACGGAACUCCAACUUUUGGGCAAAACUAACUGGGAAUCUUGGCGA